UAAGAUAAACCCCCACGUAAUUGGAGAAUUAGGUCGUCUUCUCCUCCACGGCAACCAUUUCCCGUAGCGAUCGCCGGAGAUAAUGAGGAUCGAAGGGAACGACGGCGUACUUGCCUCCAGCAGGCACCUCGUCUUCGCUUACUACGUCACCGGGCAUGGCUUCGGCCACGCCACUCGCGUCGUCGAGGUUGUCCGUCACCUGAUCGCGGUGGGGCACGAUGUUCAUGUCGUCACCGGUGCGCCUGAUUUCGUCUUCACUUCAGAAAUUCAGUCGCCGAGGCUCUUUAUUCGCAAGGUUCUUUUGGACUGUGGGGCUGUUCAGGCAGAUGCAUUGACGGUCGAUCGUCUUGCCUCUUUAGAGAAGUAUGUGGAGACAGCUGUGGUUCCUCGAGCUUCAAUAUUGAAAACAGAAGUGGAAUGGCUUCAUUCCAUCAAAGCCGACUUAGUGGUGUCUGAUGUUGUGCCUGUCGCAUGCCGUGCAGCAGCGGAUGCUGGGAUACGUUCUGUUUGUGUCACAAAUUUCAGCUGGGACUUUAUCUAUGCUGAGUAUGUUAUGGCGGCUGGAUAUCACCAUCGUUCCAUAGUCUGGCAGAUUGCUGAGGAUUAUUCUCACUGCGAGUUCCUAAUCCGCCUCCCAGGAUACUGCCCAAUGCCUGCUUUUCGUGAUGUCAUUGACGUACCAUUAGUCGUGAGGAGAUUACAUAAAUCUCGAAAGGAGGUGAGGAAGGAACUUGGAAUUGAUGAAGAUGUGAAGGUUGUGAUACUCAAUUUUGGUGGACAGCCCUCAGGCUGGAAGUUGAAGGAAGAAUACCUACCUCCUGGCUGGCUGUGUCUGGUUUGUGGCGCUUCUGAGAGCCAAGAGCUUCCACCAAAUUUUAUGAAGCUUGCUAAGGAUGCCUAUACACCUGAUCUUAUAGCUGCAUCCGACUGUAUGCUGGGGAAAAUUGGUUAUGGCACAGUCAGCGAAGCCUUAUCAUACAAGUUACCUUUUGUCUUUGUGCGGAGAGAUUAUUUCAAUGAAGAACCUUUCCUGAGAAAUAUGCUUGAGGUUCAAUCAGUCGUUCAUUCCAUAUCGACUUUGUUUUCCUUAAUUACCUCAUGUCUUUCAGGGAGAGACCUGUUAAUGGGCCAUUGGGAACCAUAUCUUGAGCGUGCAAUUAGCUUGAAACCAUGCUACGAGGGUGGCACCAAUGGUGGUGAGGUGGCAGCUCACAUCUUACAGGAGACAGCCAUUGGAAGGCAUUGUGCAUCAGACAAGCUUAGUGGAGCAAGAAGACUACGUGAUGCCAUAGUUCUGGGGUAUCAGCUACAGAGGGUCCCUGGGAGGGACAUCGCUAUCCCUGAGUGGUAUGCAAGGGCAGAAAAUGAACUAGGUCAGGCUGCUGGAUCGCCAACUGCGCGAGCAAGUGAAAACAACUCGACAAUGGAACCGUGCAUCGAGGACUUUGAUAUCCUGCAUGGUGACAUUCAAGGCCUUCCAGACACAUGGAGUUUUCUGAAGAGCUUAGCAGAGCUCGAUGCUAUUCACCACUCCACAAAGAGUACAGAAAAGCGAACAAUGCGUGAGCAAAAGGCUGCUGCCGGACUCUUCAAUUGGGAGGAAGAAAUUUUUGUUGCCAGAGCACCGGGAAGGUUAGAUGUGAUGGGUGGGAUUGCUGACUAUUCAGGAAGCCUUGUUUUGCAGAUGCCAAUAAGAGAAGCUUGCCAUGUAGCUGUUCAGAGAAACCACCCUAGCAAACAUAGGCUGUGGAAACAUACACAGGCACGGCAGCAUGCUAAAGAACAGGGGUCAACACCUGUUCUGCAAAUAGUAUCAUAUGGAUCAGAGCUAAGCAAUCGUGCACCUACUUUUGACAUGAACUUGUCUGAUUUCAUGGUUGGGGAUAAACCAAUUUCAUAUGAAAAUGCUAGGAAAUACUUUGCUCAGGAUCCAGCCCAGAAGUGGGCAGCCUAUAUUGCUGGGACCAUUUUGGUAUUGAUGACUGAACUGGGUGUGCAUUUCAAGGAUAGCAUCAGCAUUUUGGUUUCUUCUGCGGUACCUGAAGGUAAAGGUGUAUCCUCUUCUGCUGCUGUGGAGGUCGCGAGCAUGUCUGCAAUAGCUGCAGCCCAUGGACUGACUAUCAGCCCCAGAGACCUUGCUCUGCUAUGCCAAAAGGUGGAGAAUCACAUUGUUGGGGCUCCAUGUGGUGUUAUGGAUCAGAUGACUUCGGCUUGUGGAGAGGCCAACAAAUUGUUGGCCAUGAUCUGCCAGCCUGCGGAGGUCGUUGGGCUUGUUGAAAUUCCCAACCACAUCAGGUUUUGGGGUAUUGAUUCUGGAAUUCGGCACAGUGUUGGAGGUGCGGAUUAUAGGUCCGUUAGAGUCGGUGCCUUUAUGGGCCGGAAGAUGAUAAAAUCCAUAGCAUCCACCAUGUUGUCUCAAUCGGCGGCAAGUGCUAAUGGAGUGAGCCCAGAUGAAUUAGAGGACGAGGGCGUUGAAUUACUCGAGGCUGAAUCUUCAUUAGAUUACUUGUGCAAUCUGUCGCCCCACAGAUAUGAAGCCAUUUAUGCAGAUAUGCUUCCUGAUUCAAUGCUGGGCGAGACAUUCAUUGAAAAAUACUCUAAUCAUGAUGAUCCGGUCACUUUGAUAGAUCAAAAGCGUUCUUACAGCGUUAGAGCGCCCGCUAGACAUCCUAUAUAUGAAAACUUCCGGGUCAAGGCUUUCAAAGCGCUUCUGACUUCUGCAACCUCAGAAGAGCAACUUACAGCACUUGGGGAAUUACUUUAUCAGUGUCAUUAUAGCUACAGCGCAUGUGGACUCGGGUCAGAUGGCACGAAUAGGCUUGUCCAGUUGGUGCAAGGAAUGCAACAUAACAAGUCCAAGUCUGAAGAUGGAAACCUUUAUGGAGCCAAAAUCACAGGUGGCGGUUCUGGUGGAACAGUCUGUGUCAUCGGUCGGAACACAUUGUGCAGCAGCCGACAAAUUCUCGAGAUUCAGCAGAGGUACAAAGCAGCGACUGGCUAUUUGGCUCUCAUUUUCGAGGGUUCAUCACCUGGUGCCGGCAAGUUUGGUCACUUGCGUAUCCGACGUCGUUUCUCCUCCCCCUGAUCCCUCUCCCUCCCUCUCCAGAUUCCCACGUUCAGAGUAGAAUAAAAAUCCGUCCACCUCUGUCGUGAAACAGACAUCUUCUGAAAGGUUCAUUUGUGAGUCUGUGACAUCUAUUCAACCAAUCAUAAUAUAUAUAUAUAUAUAUAUGGAUGUUUAUAUGAUAGAUAUGUAUAUGUAUGUAGACACGUGUAACAUAAUGAUGAUGUCUUGACUCUUGAGAAAGAUGUAUUAGAGGGUAUUAUUACUCCUGAGGAAUGUCUUCAAUACUUAUACACAUA